AUGGAAGCGUUGGCGAUGGAUGGCUCAACUCUUCCCGCUCUCAAAGACAUUUUUCCUGAACAUUUUUUCGAGCAGGCAGAACAUGCUCUGGAGUCUCCACAAUCAGGUGCAAUUCUGCCGCAGAUGUCUAGCUCUGCGGCACAGUUCCAGGACGCUCAACAGCAACGGCAGAACAUAGGAACUUCACAACAGGAUACGCAGCUCCCAUUCAACAACGGCACUUCGAAUGACGUGUAUGAGCAACAAAUUCCUACCAAGCAAACAAGAGGACGAGGUGGCAAACGCGGUGCAAAACGAUCGUAUGACGCCUCGAACGCGCGUAGCCACCCGCAGCCACAGGACCCCUAUUUCCUUUCUAUGGACGCUAGCGGGCAGAUGGACUCAUUUUCAGCAUCCAUGGAUGUCCACUCGCACCUGCCAGGUAUUGUCCAACCACCUCAGCAAAAUGCAGUCGCAGGUGAGGGUGAAGGUGAUGAAGACGCGGAUGGUCCAGAUGACGGCGAAAAACGGCGACAUCCGUGCCCUCGGUGCGGAAAGCGAUUCAACCGACCAAGUUCACUGAAGAUACACCUUAACACGCAUACUGGUGCAAAACGUGAGUGCUGGUCUCUAGUUAUGCUUAUUGGAUUAUGGGAUCCUCGCUGGAUGAUCGUCGUGAAAAUCCGAUUUACAUCAUCGGCGGCUUUUUGCGUUUUUCUCCUCGGCAUCCACGUCCAUCUUGUUCCAUAUAAAUUAUUUCCAGCUCAUACGCCUGUCCUUUCCAAGGAUGCGGCCCGCCCUCCUCCUCCACCUCUUCCACCGAACAACGUCUAUCCUAUUUCUGACCAACCGUCCCAACAGCAAGCGUCGCGAGGUCGUGGUCGACCACCGCAGCGUAACCCAUCCUUUUCGCAACACCAGCCACCGCAGAUGACCCUCGGUUAUGACAGCAAUGUUAUGUUCAGAGGAGAUUCUCCGAACCAUUCGACCGCUCAGCUCUAUCCGCCGAGUUCGGAUAUGCGAAAUUCCAAGGCGAGCGAGGAAACUAAGCAACAGCAGCAAUACGUCGCUGGUGCGCUUAUGACUCCUCCGUAUACGAACGAAGGCUCCGAAUAUGAUCCGGAUGACCCAAACCAGGUUGAAAGAAAUCUCUUUUCUCAAUUCUCACCGUACGGCACUUUCAAUUCAGGGCCUGGACCCGGUCAUCAAACCAGCCCAAACCAGAUGUUCGCUAUGCCGCACAUGGGCAUGCAAAAUGGGAUGUCAGGGAUGCCAAUGGGUCUGGGUAUGCCUAUUAUGAGUACAGCCAUAGCUAUGGGCACGGGCUUGAGCCAUUCUGAGAUGUUUCCUAUUGAUCCUACGCUUUCUGGCUCCGGACAAAACAAUGAGGCAGACGCAGAUGGUGAAGCGGAUGCAGAUGGUGAACUCGAUCCUGACGCCGAUGCAGAAGGAGAGGGAGAGGCUGAUAUACAGAGGAACGCAGACCAGAUAAGGAGGUUCGGACCAUCAACGUCAAAUGCCCGGGCUUCUUCGAAUCCUAAAACGGAAUUCGGUCAGAGACAAAACAACACAAACGUUGCCGUUGGAAACCGACGAGGGAAUCUUGCUGAAACAGGGAUACACUUCCAGCAAAUGGUAGUGCCUAUUCCGUCACAGAUCCGACCCGCCGAUCCCUUCCCAAGUUCCCGAAGUCCUAAGAACUUGCCACUCUACAUCUCCCUAUUGCUCCCGUCGCCGUUCUCCCAUGGGACCCCGAUAAUCGAUUGCGCACCCUCUCGCCCGCUCAUUCACACUCUACGUCCCACUUCUGAUCAGCGCUGA